ACUGUGGCCGCCGCCGGAAGAGGAGCUGCGAGUGUCCCAGUCAGCGCACAGUAGUAGCGGCUAAGCUAACGUUUGCCCCUCGCGCUGUAACACGCUCGCAAACAGGUUAUCCAGAAUCUCAAGAAAAUCGAGCUAACGAAACUAAGCAAUGCCAGCCAAUUUUCGAGAUGAAGAACCAGACAAUCCCGCUUCAGACGCUACACAGCCAGACAUGAUGACUAAAGCAGCGGUGGUACAUGAAGAAGAUAGACUGUACCCCCCGUACUCAAGUGCAAGCAGUUCAGAUGCCGGGAGCAGCACCUCUAUAGUAUUUGGACACGAGCUGACUGGAACUUCGCUGACACCUGCAGCGAGCUCAGAGGCGGAGAGCAGGAACUCAGCUACAUCUCAAGAUGAGGAGACGGGAUUUCCAGCAACAUAUGCGGCAGAAUCAGACACCGAGGAUAAGGUGACAAACGUAUUUGAUGAUGAUGCGUCGUCAACUACAACUUCAGAAGAUUCGGAGGCUGAUAACUAUUGCUACGGUGGCACUUCCCGCAAGCCGCAGUCAGACCGUCCACCGCCGUACAUCGAUCUCCUACAGGAAACAAAGCCGAAGCCCCCACCGGCGUUUGAAGCGGACCCUGUGCGUUACAUCUUAGGAAUGAAGCUGCCUAUCGCCGACAGCGGGUUCUGCGCCUGCAGCCACCUGUCCUCCGCCUACUCUACGGUCUUCUACAUCAUUUGUUACGCCUCUUUCCUGAUAGCUGAUGCCUAUCAUGAGAUAACGCCCAUUGUUCGAUGUCUCUACGCCUACAAAUUCCAACUUUUCCUCUCGAAGGAGCAGCAGUACGUCUUACACGGAUGGACAGGAGUGUUGCUGAUUAUCUCCGCUUUUAUUCUGUGGCUUGGUAUUUUCCUUAGGAGCCGCUCGACGCUGAUGGUGUGGCUGCUGGUGAUGCUGGUGUACGUGGUGAUGGGCCUGGUGGUGUGGCUGCUCGGCAUGCUGCUCAGCUUCGCGGCGGACGGCUGGAACACGCACUCCACCAUCGCCAUCUCCGCCGGCUUCCUGGAUAUCGGCCUGGAGUUCUACCUGCUGCACAUGGUAUACAGCUACAACCGCUACAUGCACGACGAGGCGCCGAAGGUGCAGUACUACGACCCACAGGUGGCAGCCGCCCGCGAGGUGGAGCUGGCUCGCCUCGGCUACCGCGAGGUGCACAUCCUGGGCAUCCCCAUCACAGCGCCCAUCACCCCCACCGAAGAGCCCAGCUGGCGGCGGGGCUCGCAAGUGACGUUCGUCUGAACACACGUCCUACUUCCCGCAAGAUCUCGCCAGUCUGCUGCCACAACGCACGAGCUGUUUAGACCUCCCGCAGAGACUGUAUCUGAUUAUGAAUCACAAUUUUUGGUCUUAAGUUCUGCAUUUCUUCCCCACUUUCACUGAGGGUGGAUAUGUUCCCAGCGAAUCGUAUCACUAAUAUCCUUUCACCCUGAGUCUGAAUCCCACUCCUGACCUUUCCUUUUUCCUUCAACGUACAGACUGAACCUGUCUAAUCCGAGCGCUUCGUUCCUCGUCUUCUAUUUCUCUUUUUUCACCACAGUUCUCGUACAUAUUAUGUAUUAGCCGUUUUUCCCUGUAGCCUACACCUGAUUCCCUGAUAAUAUCAAUUUACCUGCCAUAUGUGCUACCAGGCCACGAAAACUUUGCUGCAAAUCAACUUUCAGUUUCUACCCUCCCUCCCACACACGAAGAGAUCUCUCUCUUCCACUUACGUUUUAGAGACGGCGUCUCGAGACUUACAGAGAACAAUGUGCAGCAAUGUGCAAUGUGAGACUGAAGGUGAGACCACCCCUUAAAAAAAUAUUUAAAAAACAGAGAGAGAAAGAGCGAGAGAGAGAGACAGAGACUCUCCUGUUUCGGUAAAAUUUUGCCUUUUACCAAAAACAAAUAUAGCAGGUUUGGAGGCAGAAUGAGUCUCCAUCAAAUUGCUAGACUUGAGAAAUGAGUUCGAAUUUUGACUGAAUAUAUUCAAUGGUUCUCCAAUGAGAGCAGACUUCACCAUCGUACGGAGUAACUUCCGAAAAGGAAAUGACGUUGUGCGUCAUCUGGAUAUUGUUUCUCCUAGUUCGAAAUAGUUGUAAUCUUCCUGCAAUCUCCAGAGGUUUAUACUCUAUCGAAAGUAAAGUAAUACGAGUAAAAGUAUCCAUAAAAGUAGUUCAGAUUCCUAUGUCAGUAUGUGUGUAAUCUUUCAACCCAUUUAUGAGGGCACAGUUCAUGUAUUCUAUAAUUGUCAAUAUUUCUCAUUCAUUCGACAUUUGUAUCCUCAGAAAAAAGAAAACUUAUAUCUGGACUUUCCCGACUGAUACUGACUUCGAAGCUGCACUUCAAAACUGUAACCUCCUCUCUCCUGUACCAGUUAACCUACUACAGCUCCACACAUCGAUUUACCAGAAAUUUUAAUAUGACUAUCAACCUGUGCUGUUAUUUUAUGUCUACGAUAUGCGUUCUUACUGUUAACAGAGAUAAACAAAGCAGAGAGAAUAUACAGAAAGAAAUACGUAAGGCACUGGCAAAUGAAGCGAUCACUGUGCCUUUAGGUGUUUCUUCAGUCGUUCAGAAAGUGGACUCGGGCUCCCAGUUCAGCUUCGAAAUACAGCUCUUUAAAAAGAACUGACAACGCAUUCCACCGCAUUGAUAUUAAUGUCGUUAAUACUUUUUUUAAAUUCCGUAUACUAAAAUAACAAAAGAAUUGUAUUAAACAUUACUCAAUUACAUAUUAAGUAUUUUAUUAUAUAUUAAUUAUUUUAUUGAGAUGCUUUUAGUGAUUUACUAUUGUAUAAUUGUAUGUUAAUUGAAAAUUGGCUUACUUCUUCUCUUAUAAGUAUGCAUCCUGUAUCUUCACUUUAUAAUAAUAUGUUCCCAUCACAUUUAAAGAAUUUAUGACGCAUUACGCCGGUCAUACACAUUUUAUUCGCUACUGGUUCGAGCCAACACAUUCUUACUUCGUAUAACAGGAGAGAGUAACAUCAACCGGUAAUGCAGAGGGCUCGUCUUCGAUUCUCACUAUCUGUCUCCAAAUUACCUGUAUCAGAAUUGUGAUGGCUCGAGAAGUAAUAUUUAUGUUGAACUUCCUGGCAGAUUAAAACUGUGUGCUCAACCGGCACACAGUUGUAAUAUGCCGGGAAGUUCCAUAUCAGCGCACACUCCGCUGCAGAGUGAAAAUCUCAUUCUGGAAACAUCCCUCAGGCAGUGGCUAAGCCAUGUCUCCACAAUAUCCUUUCUUUCAGGAGUUCUGCAAGGUUCGCAGGAGAGCUUCUGUAAAGUUUGGAAGAUAGGAGACGAGGUACUGCUGUGAGGACGGGGCGUGAGUCGUGCUUGGGUAGCUCAGAUGGUAGAGCAUUUGCCCCCGAAAGGCAAAGGUCCCGAGUUCGUGUCUCGGACCGGCACACAGUUUUAAUUUGCCAGGAAGUUUCAUAUCAGUGCACACUCCGCUGCAGAGUGAAAACCUCAUUU